AUGAAAGUAGAAAGACAAAGGCCAGGAAAAAGCACUUUUCCUGAGGAGCUCUCGAAAUUGGCUUUUAAUAAUAACUUCAGGCACGAAGUCGACACGAAGCGAAUUACAAUCAAGACCAUAGAUAAUAGGGACCAAAGGCAGUCAAAGGAAACCGGAAAACAAUGCACUGAAAUCAAUAGCAAUGCAGCAAGAAGAAUAUUCUCUGACUACCCGUUCCAUUCUGACCUAUUUCCGGAAGAAGACGUUGCAUUCUGGAUCCUGAAAACAAAAAGCUUCAUACACUUUAAUCUUUUCAGCGAAGAGGAUGCUAUUAACGCAAUUCCUGUCUUGUUUCAUAAUUUUUCAGCAGACAAAACCAUAAGUCGUAUGCUACUUAAUUGUAGAACAUCUGGAGAAAUGUACAAAGUUAUUCUUGAAAACUAUGAUGAUGAUUUAUUCGAUCUGUUUUAA